GAAGCCGUUCUUGGUCGUUGUCAGCAACCGACGGACGCAAUUUACCAACCAGGAACUGGCGUGUAAAAGCGGUCAGUUAACUGGUCAAGAGCUGGACAAAAGCGCUUUUAUUACAUCUUAAAUCAUAUAAUAAUAACAUGGCUAUGUCUUUAUAACGUGGUCGGUUAACGUGUUGCCGUCUUGGUCGUUAUCUUCUGUCGGCAUGAAUCUCGGAGACGGCCUGCUGUUUGAACUUGAAAAUGGAAAACCCAAGUUGAUUUUACUCACUCAUGGCAUUGAGAAGAAUCCAGCAAAGCUGUCCUUCAGGCCCAGAGCAGCCAGUGUCCUGAGCUCCAGGCAGCCGUCCUGUGUGGAGGAGGCGCACGGAGAGGAGCAUCCGGCCCGGCAGCAGAAAGCUGGGAGGCCCGGAGAAACCAAGAGCAAGGCAGGAGGAGCAGCCGCCUCCUUCGCCACCAACCCCUCCACCACUGGGGGGAGGAGCUCCUCUCUGACAUCAUCCAAGCCACAGGAGCACAACAAAGAAGUCAAAGCUGUGGCCAAGGUGAAGUCAGACAGAUACAAACACAGCACUACUCUUGGCUCCCUGAGGACCAAUGGGAAAACAGGAGAGCCUCAGAACAGUAGGACACGAGCCGGUGGAAAGGUGGGACUAAAAGACACGCUGGCCAAUGGGGACGCAGGACUGAAACACAGCGUGGUGUGUCUGACCAAUGAGCAGCUACAGCACAUCCUUCACACAGUCCAGACCUCGAGCAAUGGCCAACACCCCCCAGAUGACCACAAGACCCAUGGAAAUCAAAUCGACUCAAAAUCUGUCUCCUCAAUAAAUGGAGGAGGAGGAGGAGGAGGAGGAGGAAGAGGGAUGGAGGAGGAAGACAGAGGAGAAGGAACAGAUACAGCUGGAAGAUCACAGAAUAAAGACACCAGGUUGUCUGGGUGUCUGUUCAGCUGGCUGGAGGAGCGAGAGUCAGACAACAGAGCAGCCAUCGGAGCCAAGAAGGCUCAGUGGAGGAGAGAACUAGAUGAACAAGUGGCACUGAAGCAGCAGCAGCAGUGUUCGGCUCCUGGCAGACUCCAGGCUGAAGAGGACACAGAGAGUGAGCUCUCAGUCCAGAGCUGCGUCAGCUACAGAGACCAGCCUGCAGCCAUCAGGUCCAGCCUCAGACUCGGGGAGGUCACCCCGAUGGAGGAGGUGCUGACUGUGGAGAGGAGAGAGGAGCAGAGGAGACGCUGGCUGGAGGAGCUGGACCGACAGAGAGAGGAGACGAGUCAACGCAGGAGACGAGAGAAACUGCUGCAGAGACAGAUAGAGGACCACGAGCUCUGGGCUUCACACUUUGACUCGCUGCAGAGACGGCCUCCUCUCCAGACUCCACCUCCUGCUCCACCUCCUGCUCCACCUCCAGCCCCGUCAGCUCCACCUCCAGCCCUGUCCCAUGGCUCUGACCGAGGGGACUGGGAGCCCUCGUCCAGCCUGUCCCUGGUCUGGGAGGCCACCAGCAGCUGUGGAGCAGAGAGUGUAGGCGGAGCCAGCAUAGAUAGGACCAGCGGAUACCCAACCAGAACCAGCUAUCUGAGGACCAUGACUGCCCUGCUGGACCCCGCCCAGAUAGAAGAGAGAGAGAGGAGGAGGCUCAAACAGCAGGAGCAGCAGCAAGCGAUCGAGGCCCAGGUGGAGGAGCGUCGGCAGCAGAGGGAGCGAGAGGAGGCGAGGAGGAAAGAGGAGGAGGAGGAGGAAGAGAGGAGGGUGGCGGUGGAGAGGGAGGUGCAGGAGAGACGGUACGACCAGGACACACGGAGGGAGAAGCAGAAGUCGAGCCACCCGGCAGCGCAGCCAAAGGAAGACUACGUCCAGAGACGGCAGCAGACGCUGGAGCCCAGCACAGUUACCAGGCAGGGUGAGUGUUUGGAGGAGGAGGAGGAGGAGGAGGAGGAGGAGGAGGAAGUCAACAGUUCAGCCUCCCUAUACAAAGACUCUGCUGUACAGACAGAAGCAGCUCCCUCUCUCCCUCUCACAUCAGACAGAGUUCAGACUCCCGACGUCUCUGCACAGUACCAGCCACCUCCUCCUCUGUCUGCUGCUCCUCCAACCAGCAGAAACCGAGAGGUGAGAGCCGGCAAGGAGAACAUCUGUCUGCCAGGAGGAGGAGGAGGAGGAGCAGGAGGAGGAGCAGGAGGAGGAGCAGGAGGAGGAGGAGGAGGAGGAGGAGCAGGAGGACGAGCAGGAGGAGGAGGAGGAGGAGGAGGAGACCCAUAUGAGUCAUUCUCCAGGACGGAGAGGAACAGGAGAGACAAGAGGAGGCCCGAGUGGAACACACAGAGGCCCAGCCGCCAGUUCGUUCCAGCCUCGGAGCGUUACCCAGCCUCUCUGCAGAGGAACAGACAGGAGAGUCGCCAGAGGAGGCAGGCCGAGCUCCUGGCUCUGCAGGAGAGGGCCUGUCUGUCCAGGACCGAUCCUCCUGCUCCUCCUGCUCCUCCUCCUGAGCACCAGGAGCCAGGUCUCUGCUCCAACCCCUCACAGACCAGAACCAGUCCCACCAGGAGGGUGGAGAGUGUUUCCAGAGGACACGGCAUCUCUGCAGCCAUCAACACUGAAAGGGGGCGCUCCCCCCCCCUCCCUGCUGUCAGACUCAGAGCUCAGAGCCAGCUGGCCCCGCCCCCCCACACCCCUCCAGGCCUCCAGUUCAUCCCUUACGUCCGGACUGAUGAAGUCUUCCACCUGGAUCCACUGGAGCCUGCUGACAGCCCCCCACCACACACACACACAGCACCUCCUCCUCAGAACGCAGCACCUCCUCCUGCUGCUCCCACUCAUCACCUCCUCCAGCCUGGAUGUAACACACACACACACCGCCAGCAGGAGAUCCUCAGAGGCCUGGCCCAGCUACGGCAGGGUUUGUUACAGAAGCAGAGGGAGUUGGAGACGGAUCUGAAUCCUCUUCUGAAGCGCCAUGACAACGAGCACCGGCCGCACUUGGCAACGCACCGCAUGUGACCCCUGACCCCGAGAUGUGUGUGUGUGUGGGGGGGGGGGUCGCAGUACCGAUAGUGGCCACUGGACAAACUCAGCAGAAAGGCUGAGCUCUCUUCCUGGGGGGGGCUGGCUAGAUGCCACAGAAUCCUACACACUGGCCCUUUAAAUGUGCUCCAUCACUUCUACCUCACAUUAAAGGAACCCCCAGAGUUAGACUAGUCCAUACAUACCCUUCUCAUCUCUUAUUGGGACUUUAUCUUAUUCACUGUAACC